GUUGCACAGCUGAAGUCCCGCACGCUUGGUAACAGUGCCACUCAGCUGUACAACACCCUGCGGGAGACCCACACUGACUCCUGGAUGCGGAGACCCAUCCACUACCUCGGCGUGUGCGAGCAGUUCCUGGCCUUUGGCUCUGUCUGGGGGCAUUUUACACCACAGCCCCAGAUGCCCCCUCUGCCGUCACCCGAAUGGCUGCUGACCGUCUACGGGUACGACGUCCUGACGCGGCUGGAGGAGUACAAGGCCAGGAUCACGUCCACCUUCGGAUCCAUCCUUAAGAUAGAUUCCACAAGGAAGGUGACCAAGAAGCUCGCAGGUAUCUCCUCGGACACGGCCGCCUGGGUUACCAACGUGGGCAACGAGCACGGACAGGUCCUCAUCAGUGUCCUCACCUGCUCAGAGGGCUCUGAGGGCCUGUCCUGCAUGGCGGCAAGAUUGAUGAGGAGAUACCAGCACGCCGGGGUACCUCCCCCCCAGCUCGUCUACGUAGACCGGGACUGCUGCAACAGAGACGGCGUGUCCAAGACGGCUGCCUUAUUCCCGGAGUGGGGACAGCUGCUGGUGAGGCUGGACAUCUGGCACCUGAUGCGGCGCUUUGCAUCAGGUGUCACCACGGAGUCACACCAGCUCUACCCCACUUUCAUGAGGCAGCUGUCUCACUGCAUCUUCGAGGUGGACCCCGAAGAUGCCCGCCGUCUCACUGAGGCCAAGCGGUCCGAGCUGGAGGGGAAGCACGGGAUGUUCGGCCUGACCGACGCCGAGGUGAUCCGGAGGAUCUCCAAGGAGGAGUUGAGGCUCCACUGUCGUCGCCGGACGCGUGGGGCCGAGGAGACCGCACUCCUCAUACAGGACCUCCUGGACACCUUUGGCGGUCCGGCAGGACGCGACACCCUGGACAUCCCGCUGCUAGACGCUCUCCGCAUCCAGGACAUCUGGAAGACGCAGAGACGCCACCUCAGCUGCAUUCAGGACCCGCCGGGGGUGCAGCUGUACACCCAGACCGGCAGGCUGACGAAGGGCGGGGUCAGCCUGCCGGUUUAUCGCUGCGCCAGGGGCUCCACAUCCCUGGAGUCCUUCCACCUCCACCUCCACCGGUUCAUCCCAGGUACAAGUGCUAGCGCCAAAUACUUCCAGGCGUUCCUGGUUGAUGGACUGGUGAGGUGGAAUGAGGACAGAGCAGCAGCAGCUGCACCACCGGUUGCAGCUGAGGAGCGAGUGGCGUCUCUGCACUCCUACUGUGGCCACCUCAAGCACGUCCUGAACCAGAAGAGCCAACGGGUGCUUGGCCUUCAGAUGGUUCAGGACUUCACCAGGCCUGCUGCGUACACAGGUGAGCUCAUCGGGGUGGAGUACCUGUACCAGCAGACCGGACGCGUGCUUGAGGAUGUCAGCCUGGACCCUGACGCUCCGGACGAGGCUGCUGCUAUCCAGGCACUGGAGGAGGCGGACGAGGGCUUUGUGGACGACGGCGAGGACCCCACAGUCUUCCAGCUGGAGCCCCCGUCCACCAGCACAGCGGCAGCAGCCCGGUCACGUGAUCCAGCUGACGCACCCAGGUCUGAGCCAUCCGGUCCGGCCGCCACUGACCUGGACGCCCCUCCUGAGGCCCCUGAAGGACCGACUCAGAACUCCUCCGACUCUGAGGUAAUUUCAGCAACCACUAAACCCUAAUAAUGUAACGGCAGA